AUGGCUGAAUUUGGCAAAGAUCCACUUAAGGUCGCAGCAUAUAUGUUUGCUGGACUAUCGAUGAUGCUUAACAUUCGUCUAGUUUAUAGUUCUGCGCCAUAUGCCUUGUUGAGGUUUAAACUUCCUGAGAAUCUAUUCAGUGUCUUUGUUAGGAUCAUGGCAGGAUCUUUGGAACUCUGGUGUCUACCAAGUAUGACCCUAGGUAACAUAUUAGACUUUAUUAGAAAACAAGGUAAAUUAGACGACAAUACUAAAAGGUGGUUAAUCGACUAUCAAUCUAUAUUUUGGUCUUGGGCUAACUUUUUUACAUUUGUUAUUUUGUUAUUUGUGUAUAUUGGUGGUGAUCAGGGUCAUUUAACCGCUUUUUAUUGGGUUAUCGCAGCUUCAGGAUUUGUUUUUGGUAUUUACAUGGUUAUGGUUUAUGCUUUGGAGUUUCAAUAUCUUGCUUGGUAUAUGGUUGGUGAGAAUUCAUUUCCAAUGGUGACGUCAUUGAUGCAUUAUAUUGGUACUCUAUUGUUUGGUAAUAGAAGGAAGUAUAACUCUGACUACAUUAUUGUCUAUAUUGAUAUUGUGAUGUCAUUGGGAAUAUCACUUGUUGCAGCUGCCUUAUGGACCAUGGUAUACAAAUCUGUUGAGCAAGAAUAUCCACCGAAGGAUCCUAAACAGAGAAAUUGUAUUAGACUCAGUACGCAGCCUAGCAUCACUACCUCUGGUUCUGGUGCUAACCCUGAAAUAAUAUAUACUCUGCAACAAGUAUUUGUACCACACUCAGCAGCAACCAGUGGGUCCAAUAGUUGUGGUUUUCAGAAGUCUGCUGGAUAUUAUGGUCAUCUUCUGUCACCAAGCCUCAUGGUCCUAGUUGGAAUGGGUCUUGUUUACUCCAUAUAUCCUGGAAUAGCGCCUGGAAUGAUCGUACCUUUCUAUCUCAUUGAUAAGAUUGAAAUGGUACUUCUGAUUGCCACAGCUGUUCCACCAGUCCUAAUAGCUAUUCUGAAACAAUCGAAUCCUGAUUAUAAUCCAUAUGUUUACUUGGGUAACUGGGGUUACGAACACCUAAAGUCUUGUAAAGGUGGAGGUACUCCUGACACUAAAGGUGACUGCAAAGAUUGCACCAGCAGCUGUGAAGCAGACAGUGGUCUCAAACUCAAAGAUAAUCUAACUCUGGGUGCAACUGGAAAUCCUGUCACUCUCACAAAUGGCAAUUUUACUGCUAAUGCCGCAAUCACUAUAACAACUAAAGCCCAAGAUGUUGACUUCAAAAACCUCACUGUUACUAAUAAUCUUACUAUCUCAAGUAUCAGUGGAUCUAUCAAAAAGACUGAUGGUAGAGAUCUCGAAAGAGAUACUAGGCUCAAUAAUGGUGAAGUUCUAAUCCUUAAUGCCAAUGGUCAAAUCAAUCAACCUGAUACUGGUAAUGCUAAUGUUACUCUUGCAGGUACCAUUAAGGUCACCUCCUCUCUACAGAAACUUGGUGAUAAACUCAACUUCGUUGGAGGACCCAAUAGUGGUAUAAGUGGAUCCCUCUCACUCGCUAAUGGUUCUGGUAAUAUCACUUCUGGUACUCUCACAAUCAACCGUGAUGGUCUCGAAACUCUCAAGACUGCCACUGGUACUCUCAGCAUUGGCACAGGUACUCCUGACACACCUGUCACAUACAAGCUUGUUACCAAAGAUACUAUAAUUAUUGGACUCGACACACUCAAAGAACUCAAUGGUGCUACUAAUGCCAAGGUAACUCUCACAGGUCUUCCACUAUUACCAAUUACUAUAGCUCCUAGUACUGCUGGUGAUGGUAUCAGUGCCACUCUAACUGAUGUUACAUUCUCCCAGACUGACGGUAACUUCGGUGGUCUCAAAAAUAGUGGUGCUGGUCUGACACUAAAUCUAACUCAAGCCUUCAAUGGUGCUCAAAUUACCAGAAAGGAUGGUCAAGCUCUCAAAAAAGAUGAUACUCUCGAUAAAGACACUGUUCUCAAACUAGAAGGCUCUAGUACUGGUGGUACCAUCCAAAUCAAUGCCAACAUCAAAGUCAUCAGCCGAGGUAAACUCAAUAGUGUUGGUUCUACCACCUAUACACUGAAAGGCGGCAUCGAAGGACAGCUCAACAAUCUCCAAGAUGCUAGUGGUAAUAAUCAUGUCACAGGCAAUCUCACUAUCACCAAUAUCAAGUAUGAUUCCAAUGAAAUCCAUGAUAAACACAAAGAUACUAUGUGCUGUUACUUUGGUAAAGUAUAUAAGUGGUCCGAUACUAGUAAGUAUUAUGGCUGGCACUCUCCAUUAAUUUUAGCUCCACUUCAGAUUUGUCUUGCUGCCAUAUUUAUAUAUUCUUUACAUUACAGAGAUUCUGCAAUUGCUAGAUCCAUAAUUAAUCAACCCAAAAUGUCUACUGCACUCUCAAUUGUAUUUUAUAUGUGUCAUGAAAUUUUGUUAGCUGCAGGAUUUCCAGGAAUAGCUCCCGAUGACAAUGUUCUGUUACCAAUGCAACUGAUUGGUGCAUACCUUAUGGUACUGCUUGCGUACUAUUCUGUAGGUUACAUCACAGAAUACAAGCGGCACGACCCUUUCCACUGGCCAACCGAUGGCAUGACGAAGUGGAAUGCCCUGUGUUACUGGUUAAAGAUGGCUAGCAAAAUUACCAAUAAAAAUUUCAAACAAUUGUUUACAACUGAUUUACGUAGAGAUUUACUCAUAAUUAUAUUUAAGUGUGUAAAUUGGGUCAACAGAAAAAGUAAAUCAACAGCAUAUAUACUAUAA